AUGAAAGGGUUAUCGGGCAGCCGCAGCCAUCACCACGGAGUCACCUGCGAUUCGGCCUGUGACUCGCUGUCGCACCACGCAGACCGCAAGCCAUACCUGCUGAGCCCGGUGGAGCACCACCCGGCCGACCACCCCUACUACACUCAGCGUACCUCCUUCCAGGCCGAGUGCGUGGGCCCCUUCAGCGACCCGCUGGCCAGCAGCACCUUCCCGCGCCGGCACUACACCUCGCAUCAGGAGCUGAAGGACGAGUGCGCCCUGGUGCCUCGCACCCUGGCCACCAAGGCCAACCGCAUCCCCGCCAACCUUCUGGACCAGUUUGAGAGGCAGCUGCCUCUCAACAGGGAUGGCUACCACACACUGCAGUACAAGCGCACGGCCGUGGAGCACCGCAGCGACAGCCCCGGCCGCAUCCGCCACCUGGUCCACUCGGUCCAGAAACUCUUCACCAAAUCACACUCCCUGGAGGGGCCGUCCAAGGGCAGCGUCAACGGGGGCAAGGCCAGCCCCGAUGAGACGCAGACCGUGAGGUACGGCAAGCGCAGCAAGAGCAAGGAGCGCCGCCCCGAGCCCAAGCCCCGCACCAACGCUUCCCCGGGCUGGUGGAGCUCCGAAGACAACCUCGACGGCGACAUGUGCAUCUACCACACCCCCUCGGGCGUGAUGACCAUGGGCCGGUGCCCCGACCGCUCGGCCUCACAGUACUUCAUGGAGGCCUACAACACCAUCAGCGAGCAGGCUGUGAAGGCCUCCCGGAGUAAUAACGAUGUCAAGUGCUCCACCUGUGCCAACCUGCCUGUCACCCUAGACGCGCCGCUGCUGAAGAAGAGCGCCUGGUCCUCCACGCUGACCGUGAGUCGAGCCCGAGAGGUUUACCAGAAAGCCUCGGUUAACAUGGACCAGGCCUUGGUGAAGUCAGAGUCGUGUCAACAGGAACGUUCCUGCCAGUACCUUCAGGUCCCUCAGGAUGAAUGGACAGGGUACACCCCUCGAGGUAAAGAUGAUGAAAUUCCCUGCCGUAGAAUGCGGAGCGGCAGCUACAUCAAGGCCAUGGGAGAUGAAGACAGCGGGGACUCGGACACCAGCCCCAAGCCUUCUCCCAAAGUUGCUGCGCGAAGGGAAAGCUAUCUCAAGGCUACUCAGCCAUCCCUUACAGAACUCACCACACUCAAGAUUUCCAAUGAGCACUCUCCCAAACUCCAGAUCCGGAGUCACAGUUACUUGAGGGCGGUCAGUGAGGUCUCCAUCAACCGAAGCCUAGACAGCCUUGACCCUGCGGGCCUGCUCACAUCACCAAAGUUCCGCUCCAGGAAUGAGAGCUACAUGCGAGCCAUGAGCACCAUCAGCCAGGUGAGCGAGAUGGAGGUGAACGGGCAGUUCGAGUCGGUGUGCGAGUCGGUGUUCAGCGAGCUGGAGUCACAGGCAGUGGAGGCCCUGGACCUGCCGAUGCCCGGCUGCUUCCGCAUGCGGAGCCACAGCUACGUGCGCGCCAUCGAGAAGGGCUGCUCGCAGGACGACGAGUGCGUGUCGCUGAGGUCUUCCUCCCCGCCGCGUACCACCACCACCGUGAGGACCAUCCAGAGCAGCACGGGUGUCAUAAAACUGAGUUCUGCAGUUGAAGUGUCAUCUUGCAUUACAACAUAUAAGAAGACACCACCUCCAGUCCCACCCAGAACUACCACGAAACCUUUCAUUUCUAUCACAGCCCAGAGUAGCACAGAGUCGGCCCAGGACGCCUACAUGGAUGGACAGGGCCAGCGAGGGGAUAUUAUCAGCCAGUCUGGACUGAGCAACUCCACGGAGAGCCUGGACAGUAUGAAGGCUCUGACAGCCGCCAUCGAAGCCGCCAAUGCCCAGAUCCACGGCCCAGCAAGUCAACACAUGGGCAACAAUGCUGCCACCAUCACCACCACCGCCGCCGCCAUGGCCACCGUCACUGCAGAGGACAGGAAGAAGGACCACUUCAAGAAGAAUCGAUGCCUGUCCAUUGGGAUACAGGUGGAUGAUGCUGAAGAACCUAACAAAACAGGGGAAAAUAAAGCACCCAGUAAGUUCCAGUCCAUAGGAGUGCAAGUAGAAGAAGAGAAAUGCUUCCGCAGGUUCACUCGAUCCAACAGUGUGACGACGGCCGUGCAGGCCGACCUGGACUUCCACGAUAACCUGGAGAACUCUAUGGAGUCUAUAGAGGACAAUUCGUGCCCCGGCCCGGUGGCCAGACAGUUCUCCCGGGAUGCCAGCACCUCCACGGUCAGCAUCCAGGGCUCAGGAAACCACUACCACGCCUGCGCGGCCGACGAGGACUUCGAUGCAGAUUUCGACCCUUCCAUUCUGCCGCCCCCAGACCCCUGGAUUGACUCAAUCACCGAAGACCCCCUGGAGGCCGUGCAGAGGUCAGUGUGCCACCGGGACGGCCACUGGUUUCUGAAGCUUCUCCAGGCGGAGCGGGACCGCAUGGAAGGCUGGUGCCAGCAGAUGGAGAGAGAAGAGCGCGAAAACAACCUGCCCGAGGACAUUCUAGGGAAAAUCCGAACCGCAGUUGGCAGUGCCCAACUUCUUAUGGCCCAGAAAUUCUACCAGUUCAGAGAACUGUGUGAAGAAAACCUGAAUCCCAGUGCUCAUCCAAGGCCCACCUCCCAGGAUUUGGCGGGGUUCUGGGACAUGCUGCAGUUGUCCAUAGAAAAUAUUAGUAUGAAAUUUGAUGAACUUCAUCAGUUAAAGGCCAAUAAUUGGAAACAGAUGGAUCCUCUUGACAAGAAGGAGCGAAGGGCCCCUCCUCCAGUGCCCAAGAAGCCGGCGAAGGGCCCCGCGCCGCUGAUCCGGGAGCGCUCGCUGGAGAGCUCACAGCGCCAGGAGGCCCGCAAGCGCCUGAUGGCCGCCAAGCGCGCCGCGUCCGUCCGCCAGAACUCGGCCACCGAGAGCGCCGAGAGCAUCGAGAUCUACAUCCCCGAGGCGCAGACCCGGCUCUGA